CAGCAGUUUUCCUGUGACUGCAUCGUUAUCCAUGCUUGGAGCUUAAUAAACAGUACUCUCUUUUUUUUAUUUGUACCACACAAAAAAAUAGUUGUUAAAAAUGGCCAUUGAAAAAUCUAAAAUAGCCAUUGGAUUCAUAGUGGCAGGCGUUCUGAUGCUGCUGUUUGGGAUAAUUACAGCAAUUAUUGGGCCGACAGUUAUGAAGAACGAGGUAGAAAAGAACACCAUCAUUGAUCCAAAGAAUGACCUCUCCUACACCAUGUGGAGGGACCUCCCGGUGCCCUUCUUCAUGUCCGUCUACUUUUUUCACGUCCUCAAUCCUGAAGAGAUCCUGAAAGGAGAGAAGCCCAUGGUGGAGCAGAGAGGACCUUAUGUGUACAGAAAACAGUGUCAGAAGGAGAACAUCACGUUUCACCCCAACAGCACAGUGUCGUACAAAGAAUACAGACAAUACUUCUUUGAGCCCUCCAUGUCUGUAGGGAACGAGUCGGAUGUCAUCACCAUCCCCAACAUGUUGGUGCUGGGUGCAGCGGUGAUGCUGGAGGACAUGCCCUACGCCGUGCGGCUGCUGAUCAGUGCCACCUUCAAGACUUUCAAAGAAGGGCCCUUCCUGACCAAGACGGUGGGAGAACUGAUGUGGGGCUACGACAGCGAUCUGGUCGCGUUUCUCAACAAAUACCUGCCGGGGAUGCUGCCAGCGAGUGGAAAGUUUGGCCUUUUUUCAGAGUUUAAUAACUCAAACACUGGAUUAUUCACAAUCCACACUGGGAAAGAUGACAUCACAAAGGUACACAAAGUUGAUUCCUGGAAUGGCUUAACUGAGCUGAAAUACUGGAAGACGCCUCAGUGUAACAUGAUCAACGGGACGGCCGGGCAGCUGUGGCCACCUUUCAUGACUAAAGAGAGCACUUUAAAUUUCUACAGCCCGGACGCCUGCAGAUCUUUGGAGCUUGUUUAUCAGCGGUCUGGGGAGAUGCAAGGCAUCCCUCUAUAUCGAUUUGUUGCACCUAACACCAUGUUUGCUAACGGGACAGAUUACCCUCCAAAUGAAGGCUUCUGCCCCUGCAGGCAGUCUGGCUUGCUAAAUGUCAGCAGCUGCCGCCACAAUUCCCCCGUCUUCAUCUCUCAUCCUCACUUCUUCAAUGCCGAUCCUGCGCUGCUGGACUACGUGUUGGGUCUCAGCCCUACCGAAGAGGAGCAUGGCCUUUUCAUUGACAUUCACCCACUCACAGGCGUCCCCCUGAACGUGUCCAUCCGUCUGCAGCUCAACCUCUACAUGAAGAGAGUAUCAGGAAUCACAGAAACAGGCAAGAUUUCAGAGGUGGUGAUGCCUAUGCUGUGGUUUGAGGAGAAUGGGUACAUCGAUGGGCCGAUCCUCUCUACGUUUAAAACCCAGCUGGUUAUUCUGCCUGCUGUCAUGGAGUACAUGCAGUACAUCUUCAUAGCCCUCGGCCUGCUAACCAUUGUAGUGGCUGUCUUUGUUUUCUACAAGGUCAAGAGGUCUAGUAAUAGCGCAAUGACUUCUCCAGUCUUAACGAACUACGGGGAAACCAGUAAUGAGCAGGGUAAAGACUCACAUGGCUUUGAAACACAGGAGAAAAGUAGCACUUAUUCAGGGAAAGACUAGUGAAGGUGCCACUGUACCAAGGGAAAUCACUAGCACUUCAACUGGAGAACGAACCCCUCUGCUACAAGUCAAGAAACACUGAUGAACUCCCUGAAAAAGGACCCAGCUUGUAUCGUGUUCUGAGACACAGACUCAGGAUAUGGAACAAGAUGCCAAAAGCCAUGCUAUAUUGGAAAGUUUACAAAACACUCAGCCAAAGAUGCGACUGUUGGCAGAGUGAACGGUCUUACACAUUUUAAAUAUGCUGGGGUUUUUUUCUCUCUCCCUGGUCAUCUCAGCUAUGCUGGACUAUUUUAGAUUUUUAUGACUUCUUCUGCUACAGCAGUGGAAUAUAAACUGCUGUGGAUAAAUGAUUUGGUUUUGACCACAAGGGAACUAGUUUUAUUUUCAGCCAGAUGUUUAGUGUUUUAAACACUGAUGGGCUUUUAUUAUUGAAGAGAAUAGAAAUAGAAAUGUCCUUUAUUGUCCCACAGUGGGGAAAUUUCAGGAAAUUCAUCAUGGGAAUUUGUUUAGUCCAGUUAAUUUCCAAGUUGUUGUAUUUUUCUAUGCACUGAGGAUUCUUAUUAGAAAGUGAGCUUGUUUUUAACCCUUACCACAGUUUUGCACAUCCAGAUGUGACAAUCGGCUGAGAGGACACACACUCCUUCUUAUUUACUACAUACGUCUUUUAUAAGAGUUUAAAUGUGUUUGUUCAACAUGAUGUGGUUAAAGCUGUUAGCGGUUCAGCUGACAUUGCUUGUUUAAAAUUGUUUAAAUGAAGAGAAACGUAUUAUGGAACGAAUUGCACUGAUGAUUGAUAUUAGUUUUGACUGACAGUGUCCAAGAUUUUCACUCCUCCUAAACUUCUUUUCUCAUUUUCAGUGGAUGUCAACUUCUAAUGUCUUUUUUUCCCAUUUGUGGAAGGUUAAAAUGUGAAUAAACUAAUCUUUAA